AUGCCCCGCGCCCUGCCCUUCCCCGUCAUCCCCCGCGCUCAGAGCGGCCCCGCCGCGCCCUUCCCCGUCAUGCCCCGCGCCCUGCCCUUCCCCGUCAUGCCCCGCGCCCUGCCCUUCCCCGUCAUCCCCCGCGCGCUCCGAGCAGCCCCGGCCUCCUCGCCGCGCGAGGCCCCGGACGAGUGUGUGACCAGUCACCGCCCUCCAUGUGCAUUUCUGUUGCCGUUCCCGCAAGCCCGAUGA